ACUUUCGGGCGAUAAUAGACCAAUAGGAAAUUGGAUUACAUUUUUGGACCGUUGCUUCAUAGUAUUUUCUAAAUCAGUCGAACACGCUCCCUGUAUCCAAGUAGAAAGCAACAUAUAAGGGUCCACUUUUCCUGAACUGGAGCGGGAUUAAACUCCUAGUCCAAUUAUAAAUAAAAUCAGUAACACCUUAGUUCCUUUCACUACACAAAACAAAGUGCAAACAAUCAAGGCUUGGACUUAGCUUCUUCCGUAUUAUUGAACCUUUUUCGACUGUGAAAGAUUAUUAAUUUUAAGUCAGACUGUUUAAAAGAAAAUGAGAGUGGCAAGAGAUAAGCUAUCGUCAUACCGGUGGUGGUCUAACAGUGACAAGAAUAGCACCCAAAAUUGCUCGCCAUGGCUUCUAUCAACUAUAGCUGAACUAGAUGAGAAGACAGAAGCAAUGCUCAGGAUAAUUGAGGAAGAUGCAGAUACCUUUGCUCAAAGAGCAGAGAUGUAUUUCAAGAAACGACCAGAGCUAGUCAACAUGGUUGAGGAAAUUUAUCGUGCUCAUCGGUUGUUAGCUGAGGGAUAUGAUCAAAUCAAAUGUGCGUCCAGGAUGCACAUUUUGGCACCAUGGCAGUCUCCAUUGCCUUUGACAAAAUAUUCAGAGGAGAAAUUGAUCAUGAACUCUAUGGAGAAAUCCUACGAUAGCUAUUCAGAAUCCUUUGACCCCGAGUCUGAGUCUUCUGAUCUAUCAUCAGAGACCGAGGAUCCUGAUAACGACGAAGAGGAAAUCCAAAUCCAAGUAGAGAAGGCGAAAAUGGAAGCAUCAGGUUGCCUUAGCCUUAAAACUGAUGAAGUACUAAAGUUGAACGAAGAAAUUGAGCUACUGAAGGAAGUGAGCCGAGUCCAACAAGAGUUUAUAAUGCAGAAAGAUGAAGAGAAAAGAGAGGCAAUCAGACAACUUUGUAUAGCUUUGGAUUUGGUGAGGGAGGAAAACAGCAGGCUGAGGAUGAGUGUUACUAAGGCCUCUCUAGAAAAGGAAAACUUCAUUGAGCUCAAGACAUCAAAGAAGGGUUUUUUGAAGAGGCUCUUCAGCAGAUCUCCUAAAUACUAAAAACAACUAAGCACUAGUAAUUUAGCUAGUAUACUAGAAUGACAUACUCAAAGAUUAUACUACUAAUUCAUUUGCUAGG